UUUUCCCGUGCUCCUGUGCGCGGGUCCACUUGGGACGGCUCCCUGAGUAGGUGAGGAGGUGGGUAGGAGCUUGCUUAUAGAAAAGUGGAAUCGAGUAGUCCUUGCUGGUGGAGCCGCUGCCGCCAGGGAACUCAGGGCCGGCUCCUGUUCCUUCAAGAGUGCUGGAGGCCAAACUUGAAAUACAAGUUUAAUGUUCCUCGUCGGGCAAAAGAUAAGGAUCCGAUCUCCCCUGGCCCGGUGUGCAGCAGGAGCGACCAACCCCAACCCGGGUUAAAACUCCCAGGGACUCUUCGCUGCUGCCACCUCUUGUUCUCUCCCCCGUUCCCACUCGGGGUCUCCCUCAGGGCCGGGAGGCACAGCGGUCCCUGCUUGCUGAGGGGCUGGAUGUACGCAUCCGCAGGUUCCCGCGGACUUGGGGGCGCCCGCUGAGCCCCGGCGCCCGCAGAAGACUUGUUUGCCUCCUGCAGCCUCAACCCGGAGGGCAGCGAGGGCCUACCACCAUGAUCACUGGUGUGUUCAGCAUGCGCUUGUGGACCCCAGUGGGCGUCCUGACCUCGCUGGCGUACUGCCUGCACCAGCGGCGGGUGGCCCUGGCCGAGCUGCAGGAGGCCGAUGGCCAGCGUCCGGUCGACCGCAGCCUGCUGAAGUUGAAAAUGGUGCAGGUCGUGUUUCGACACGGGGCUCGGAGUCCUCUCAAGCCGCUCCCGCUGGAGGAGCAGGUAGAGUGGAACCCCCAGCUAUUAGAGGUCCCACCCCAAACUCAGUUUGAUUACACAGUCACCAAUCUAGCUGGUGGUCCGAAACCAUAUUCUCCUUACGACUCUCAAUACCAUGAGACCACCCUGAAGGGGGGCAUGUUUGCUGGGCAGCUGACCAAGGUGGGCAUGCAGCAAAUGUUUGCCUUGGGAGAGAGACUGAGGAAGAACUAUGUGGAAGACAUUCCCUUUCUUUCACCAACCUUCAACCCACAGGAGGUCUUUAUUCGUUCCACUAACAUUUUUCGGAAUCUGGAGUCCACCCGUUGUUUGCUGGCUGGGCUUUUCCAGUGUCAGAAAGAAGGACCCAUCAUCAUCCACACUGAUGAAGCAGAUUCAGAAGUCUUGUAUCCUAACUACCAAAGCUGCUGGAGCCUGAGGCAGAGAACCAGAGGCCGGAGGCAGUCUGCCUCUUUACAGCCAGGAAUCUCAGAGGAUUUGAAAAAGGUGAAGGACAGGAUGGGCAUUGACAGUAGUGAUAAAGUGGACUUCUUCAUCCUCCUGGACAACAUGGCUGCCGAGCAGGCACACAGCCUCCCAAGCUGCCCCAUGCUGAAGAGAUUUGCACGGAUGAUCGAACAGAGAGCUGUGGACACAUCCUUGUACAUACUGCCCAAGGAAGACAGGGAAAGUCUUCAGAUGGCAGUAGGCCCAUUCCUCCACAUCCUAGAGAGCAACCUGCUGAAAGCCAUGGACUCUGCCACUGCCCCCGACAAGAUCAGAAAGCUGUAUCUCUAUGCGGCUCAUGAUGUGACCUUCAUACCGCUCUUAAUGACCCUGGGGAUUUUUGACCACAAAUGGCCACCGUUUGCUGUUGACCUGACCAUGGAACUCUACCAGCACCUGGAAUCUAAGGAGUGGUUUGUGCAGCUCUAUUACCAUGGGAAGGAGCAGGUGCCAAGAGGUUGCCCUGAUGGGCUCUGCCCGCUGGACAUGUUCUUGAAUGCCAUGUCAGUUUAUACCUUAAGCCCAGAAAAAUACCACGCACUCUGCUCUCAAACUCAGGUGAUGGAAGUUGGAAAUGAAGAGUAACUGAUUUAUACAAGCAGGAUGUGUUGAUUUUAAAAUAAAGUGCCUUUAUACAAUGCC